ACCUUUCCUGAAAAACGUAUUGUCACCUACCACAAACUGCAUCCAUAGAUGGCGGUGUUCAUUCAUUGUCAAGUCAGCGCUUGGACUGACAGACGUGGUAAAUACGGGGAAGAUGAUAUGAACAUUAGAUGGACAAUGAAACAGUCUCCAAUUUUUUCACAAUCAUACAUGUUUACUUUCGCAUUUUUUUUUCAUAUUGUCCUCGCUCAUGGUGACCGUCCGCUUUAUUAGACAGUGGUGGAGUGGCAGGGUCACAGCAGCAGGGACAUGAUGGUUAAUUCGAUUUUAAGUCUUAGCUAGUUGUAAUAUUAAAAGUAGGCCCAGUGAAUACUACUGAUCUUCUUCGAGAUUUGAGUCGUGCUGUGUCACGGCUUAUAGCAUCAACAUUUUAUUUAUCAUGUGAGAGAGGAACCACGGCCAGGUUGUAGCUCAUGUAAGGAAGACUCAGGGCUACAGCUCCAGAAAGGUGAAGGCAUUCUGACUUUAUCACAUAUCCAGAUUAGAGAAAGGCGACCUGCCUCUGAAUGUAACUGAAUGGGCUGUGGGCUCAUUUCAGCCACUUUGGGCGAGGUACACAUCCAGCUGCUGCUCUGCUCAGGCAGCUGGUGUGGGACACAGCUGGAAACAUGAAGCGCUGCCAUCUAACAUCUGGCCAGCAGAGGCAGCUUACAGACAGGACUACUGGAGAUAGUUUCCACCUAGAACUGAUUAACAGCUGAGGCAGUUGCUCAUUAUAUGACACAGAAUUGGGAAUGAAUAUAAAGGCAAAGAAAAUCUGAACACAGUGUAUUUGGUUCAGACAGAGCUUUUGAGGAUGAUGAAUAAAACAUGUGCAACCAAACACAAGCAAGCCCAGGAGGAGGAGAGAGGACACUGGGGCAGUAAGGUGGAGUUUCUCCUGGCCGUAGCUGGAAAUGUCGUCGGUCUGGGCAACGUGUGGAGGUUCCCUUACCUCUGCUACAAAAAUGGAGGGGGUGCGUUCCUGGUGCCCUAUCUGGUAUUUGUGGUGACCUGUGGCGUUCCCCUGUUCCUGCUGGAGACCACUGUGGGUCAGUUCACCCAGGAGGGCAGCAUAACCUGCUGGAGGAAGCUAUGCCCGCUGGCAGAAGGUGUUGGCUAUGGUGGACAGUUAAUCCUCCUCUACAGCUGUAUGACCUACAUCAUCAUUCUGUCCUGGGCUCUGCUCUACCUGGUGUUCUCCUUCAGCCCCCAGCUCCCCUGGGCCACCUGCAACAACUACUGGAACACAGAUGACUGUCUAGACUUUUCCACAAUCAAUACGACUGCUCAACUGACCAAUCAGACUCUCACAACAUCUGCUGCCACAGAAUUCUGGGAACGACGAGUGCUGGCUAUCUCAGGGGGGAUCGAGGAGAUAGGCAGCAUCAGGUGGGAGAUACUGUUGUGCGUAAUUGUUAUGUGGAUCACCUGCUACUUUUGUAUCUGGAAAGGGGUCAAGUCUACUGGAAAGGUGGUGUAUUUCACCGCUACCUUCCCUUAUGUGAUGCUGCUCAUUCUUUUGAUCCGUGGACUUUCUCUUCCUGGGGCUCUACAAGGAGUAGUGUUUUAUCUUCUGCCUGAACCCUCACGACUCUUAGACACUCAAGUUUGGAUGGAGGCUGGGGCACAGAUCUUUUUCUCCUACAGUGUGGGCGUUGGCUCUUUAAUGGUGCUAGGGAGCUACAACCCCUACAACAACAACUGCUAUAAAGACUGUCUGUGGCUGUGUUUACUGAACAGUGGCACCAGCGUGGUAGCAGGGUUUGCAGUCUUUUCUGUGCUGGGAUUCAUGUCUCAUGAGCAGGGUAUUCCCAUUACAGAAGUGGCUGAGUCAGGUCCCGGCUUGGCCUUCAUUGCUUACCCUCAGGCUGUAGCCAUGAUGCCUCUGCCCCAACUGUGGUCCAUCUGUUUCUUUGUCAUGCUCAUUCUCUUGGGUCUGGACACACAAUUUGUUGCCAUGGAAGUGGUGAUGACAACAAUCAUAGAUAUGUUCCCCACGACAAUGCGCAGGGCAGGCCGACGGGAACGUUUGCUACUCGUCUUCUGCCUCGUGUGCUUCUUUUCUCAGCUCGUCAUGCUCACUGAGGGAGGCAUGUAUACGUUCCAGUUGUUUGACUACUACGCUUGUAACGGAGCCUGCAUCCUUUUUAUGUGUGUGUUUGAAACCCUGGCACUGGCAUGGCUUUUUGGGGCCGAGCGGUUGCAUGGCAUCAUAAAGGACAUGACAGGUGUGCGUGUCAACCUGUUCUUUAAAAUCUGCUGGCUUUACCUCACUCCUCUGGUCUCACUGACCACUUUUAUAUGUUCUUUAGUUUGGUACCAGCCGCUGACCUUCAAUCGCUGGUACGUGUACCCAGCCUGGGCAUACGUGUUGGGCUGGGUACUAGCCGUCUCCUCCAUCCUGCUUGUGCCGGGAUUGGCACUGUAUAAAGUGGCAACUGGGACUGGGAAUCUAAGUCAGCGUCUCCAUCACCUGUGCCAGCCUGACCCCUCCUGCACGCUGCCCCAAAAGGGAGAAACUGAGCUGCAGCACAUCAUCGGGGAAGAUCAGCAACAACAGCUGGCUGUCAGUUGAUAUGAAGCGUAAAUUGAUCCCAAACAGCUCGUUUAAUGUGUUCAACAACCGAGAUCUUGUACUGAGCUGGCUGGUUACUGGUGAUAUAGCUUUCUUCUGUAUCUACAGUUUAAAUGUCAAAGAGAAGCAAGACUUGUUUUAUUCAUUUUAGUUAUAAAAAAGGUGAUCCUGGACACUUGACUCGUAAAGUGUUGUAACACUACAAGUGUUGUGGUUAUUGAAGAAGCCUCCUAUUUUGCUAAGGUAACAGCACAGACAAAAAAAAAAACACUUUCAAAGUGUUUGUUUUCUUUAAAGAGACAAUUGUGAAAAUCUCACUCUUCUAAUAAACACUAAUCUAACAAAAAUUGCAGUGUAAAAUGUACGCUCAAACAUAAAUGAUUCAAAAAUAAAUGAUUUAUCUGUGCUGUGUGUGAGGCAAGAAUGAGCUUGCUGAUUUUCUCAUUUUUCCUUGAGUUUGGAUUUGAAGUUUAAAUAUUGAUCUGAUAGUCACUGAUGAGUAAGUUAAACUGAUGUUGGCUAGUUGUUAAUCUUUUCUGUCUAUAGCAGGCUAUUUCAUUUAAGUUCAAUACUGGCAGUAUUGCAGCUGUAAGAGGCAGCAGCCUCGCACACUGGCUCAACAGGGGUCGUUGACCUGAGUGUAGCAGUGGACCUCAGCCAAGCAGUGGAGACACACGGUUUUCUUACCGUGUCCUGUCCCGUAUUGUUUCUAUUACAAGAAGGCCAAUUUCAUGGAUAAUUGAGUGACACUUGUGGAAUAAAGGUUUUCUUUACUUUUCAACAUUA